AUGAGUGAGGUUUUUGACUUUGAGCAAGUCUAUCGCGACGUCGAAAACAUUGAACCACUUACGAAGAAAGACAUACUCGAAUUUCUCAACCAGUACAUCCAUCCCUCUUCUUCAACUCGCGCAAAACUCUCUAUACAUCUUAUUGCACGGGCAUCUACUGGAACCUCUGCAGCAGCAGGAGACUGGGCCGCCGCUUGGGAGAAUCCUGACGCUUCAGUGUUGCGUGAAAAUCAAGACGUAGUAGUAGUCAAUGGACAUGAGCCUUCAGUGUCCAGCGCGAAGAUUCCCGUCAAGGUUGAAAAUGUCAAAGAAUGGAAGGCAGGUCUGCACCUUUCGGCGGCUGCAACACCAGUGAAGGGCCUAACCGAAUUCGAGGAGUUUGGAUCGAAGUCACGAAGUGCCUUUUCAAGUCCUUCCUCGGCGCGGUAUUAG